AUGGCGAGACGGCAGCCCACAUUCCUCUUCAUCUUCUUCUUCGUCGUCGUCGGUCUGGUCGCCGGUGCCGGCGCCCAGGGCCCCGCCACCAGUCCCACCUCUUCGCCUGCCGCCGGCGCCGCCGCCCCAGCAACUGCCCGCGCCACCGUCUCCCCCACCGUUUCCCCCGCUGCUUCCACGGUUUCCCCGGCCCCCGUCUCACCGCCGGUUGCCGGCGAGACGCCAGUUGUGGCCCCGGUGGCCGCCAGUGACGGCGCUCCCGCCGCUUCUCCCCCGGCUCCCGCUGUCGCUGCCUCACCGGCGGCGCCACCCGCCGGCUCCGCCGGCGGUGGCGCCACCCCAUCUCCGGUGGCAGAGGCGCCGGGGGACAACGCAGACGCGCCCAUCGACGGCGGUGACGAGGGAGGCCUCGGGCCGGUGGCGGAUGGGCCAACUACGGGAGGAUCUCCUGCUGAUGCCCCCGCCGCCGACGACAGCGGAGCUUCCACGGCGACAGCAAGCUCUGCCGCCGCCGCUGCGGCUGCAGCGCUUGCGGGCUUCUUCCUCUUCUAG